AUGGCUGGAUAUCCAAAAGACAGCGAGCUCUUUAACGACAUCAUCGACGGAAACAUCAAAAUGAACGAAUUCAAGAAUCUUGGAAAAGGAGGAUUCGGCGACGUGUUGCUCUACCGCUCAAAAAACACCACCGCGGCCAUCAAGCGAGUUAAACUGGGAGCAAGAUCCAAGAAUCUGAUGGAAUACAACAUCCACAACCAACUGCACAAAGUAGGAAAUAAGCAUGUUAUAGGAUUGUAUGAUGUUCUCAAAACGAAAGAUUUUCUUUACUUCUUCAUGGAGUUUGCCGCAUCUGGAGACUUGGAGCAGAAACUCGUAGCAAAAGGAUCGUUGCCACUUACACUCGCCAAAGAAUACUUUACGCAAUUGAUCAAUGGAGUCGCUUUUAUUCACGAUCAAGGCAUAGUCCACAGGGAUCUGAAACCUGGAAAUUUAUUUUUCUCCUCUGAUGGAACUCUCAAAAUUGGUGACUUUGGAGCAGCAACAAAAUUUAGAGAUGCAAAAGGAAGGAAUAUCAAGGUGUCACUCUUCGGAACAAAGUCCCACUGGGCACCUGAAGUGGAAGCCGCAAAGAAAUUUGUCGAUGGACAACCAAUGGACAUAUGGUCGUGUGGAAUUAUUCUCAUUGAGAUGAUUGCGGGAUGUCGGCCGUGGAAAGUUGCGACCCUCCCGAAUUUGAAGAAUUGGAUAUCGAAUGACUUGGACAAAACCGCUCUUCCAUGGAACGCUAUCGACGCUGAUGUGAUGGCUUUUCUCCGCAAUAUCCUCGACGUCGAUCCUGAAACUCGAGCAACUAUUGAAGAAAUUCGAGAGGACAAAUGGUUUAGUGGAAAGGACGGCAUUGAAAACAAUAAUGGAGAAGCGGAACAACCGAAGAAAGAGAGAAAGCGGAAAAUUCAGAACGAGAUCAAAACUUCGGAGGAAAAUGUGAGAAAACGUCAACGAGUGCCCAAGAAGAAGUUCGGUUGCUUAGACUAUUGA